AUGGAAAUUUUAAAACAGUUUUUCAAUGACAAUCAAUUACAAUGGAAAUAUUUGUUUGGAAUUACUACUGAUGGAGCUCCUGCCAUGAUGGGUUGUAAGUCUGGAUUACAGACUAGGGUGAAAGAGAUUGCUCCAAAUGUAAUUGAUGUACACUGUUUUAUUCAUAGACAGGCUUUGGCAACCAAAACUUUACCAGGUAGUUUGAAAACUGUAUUUAAUCAAUUAGUCAAGUUGGUCAAUUAUAUAAAAUCUUCUGCUCUUAACACUCGCCUUUUUACAAAAUUUUGCUCUGACCUAAAUGCUGAACACAAUAAGUUAUUGUUUUAUACUUCUGUGCGAUGGCUAUCUGCUGGAAAUUUUUUGGAAAGAUUUUUCAUGCUUAGAAAUGAAGUGAAAUAA